AUGUCUUCCGGUGGAAACUAUGAUUAUGUCCGUUUGAAUGAUUCUCCAGUUCCUUCAUCUUCAAACCGCAUGUUAGAGGACACCUUCAUGAAACAGCAGGCAAGCGGACUGUUGCAAAUAAUGAGGGACCAGGAUGAAGAUUUAGAAAAAGUUGGAGCUUCUGUACAUGUGUUGAAGAAUAUGAGCUACAAAAUUGGGGAGGAACUUGAAGAACAAGCCGUAAUGUUAGACGAGCUAGGUACUGAUAUGGAAAGGGCUGGAACAAAAUUGGACAACGUCAUGAAAAAGAUAGCAAAAGUAACGAAUAUGGAUGAUGAUAAACGUCAGUGGACGGCGAUCUUUGUUUUGUCUGGGAUAUUGUUUUUUAUAAUCAUUCUUUUUAUUAUAUUGUAA